AUGGAUCGAUUUUCUUGUUAUAAAGUUGAGUGCAGUCAUCUGUCCUUUCCAACCUUUAAACGCUACUUAAAUCAUAUUCGUAACUCUCAUAGCUUUGAACCUAACUUCAAGAUAGCAUGCACAGUUGAGGGAUGCUUUCAGACUUUCACAGUGUUUACAUCGUUCACUUCCCAUUUGUAUCGAAAGCACCAAGGGCACAUACGCUUAACGUCUGAUGAUUGUGGUCAAGAUGAAAGUACAUCACUUGUUGCCGAUGAACACCAAGAAGAUAUCUCACAUGAAGACGAUUCACGGCUUGAAGAAAAAUCAACAAGAAGCUUGUUUCUUUCUGUCGUAAAAAUGCAAGAGAUUCAUAUGUUGACAGACUCUGCUACUUCGGACAUCCUUAAUUACGUAAAGGAUGUUGUUGAUCAAAACGUUAACCAUUUUAAAGAACGUGUUCAGAGGUGCCUAAAGGUAGAGGGAAUGGCUGUUGAUGAAGUCGAAGGGUCGGAGGAAGCUCUUGAUAAACCUACACCCUUUGAUAGUGCAUUUGAAAGACUUCAAACCGUGAGACAGAGAACAGAAUAUGCAUUAAAUACUAUGAAGAUGGUGGUAAGACUUUUGAUGUUUGUCUGUUUAAUACAUCAAGUAUGAGUUUGUUUUUAUGAAACGAACUGUCUAGAAAAUGACAUGAACUGUUUAGGAAAGGAAUGAACUACAAACCUUUUAAUCUUUAAUUUGUCCAUGUGUUUGUGUGAAGGUUUCAACUCAUAGCCCACCAGUGUAGACCCCAGUGGGGGCGGGGGAGAGGGGUGGCGGGGGGUACUCCGGAUUUCAAGUGACAGGGAUGAUUAAAGGAUUUUGGGGGGGGUUUGAAAUUUUUGAUUUCAGGAUUUUUUUUGGGAAGGAAAAUUUUGACAAGUAAUUUUUGGGGGAAGCUUGAGUUGAGUAGAGAGUUUCUGGGGUAUUCAAAACUUAUGUUUCUGUUUUUCGUCUAAUAUCAUUUAAUGCUUUCUGGAAAUUUUUAUGCCACAGAAAUUCAGCAUGAGAUUUUUUAGGUGCUUAAAUUUUUGUCCAGGAAUUUUCUGGGGUUUUGAUUUCUGCCUGCAUUCAAUCAUCUCCGUCACUUGAAAUCCAAGUACCACCCCUGGGAUGCAGACCAUAGUUUUCAGAUUCCUUUUGAGUUGUUUCCAAUCACAACACUGACUCUGCUGUUUAUAAACUCAAUACCCCUUACACUUUUCGUCGCACAUACAUACCUCCAUAAAAAGUACAUUUGCAUAUAAUAGACAAGAGUAAAACUGAUACAUAUUUGGGCAUGACACAGAAGAGGUGGUAAUGUUUUAUUAAAUUCCAUUGUUGUGUUAGAGUUGUGUCAUCUUUUAACCUUGAAAAUACUAAUACUUGUCUGUUGUUCAUGCAGUUUUGGGUUUAACUUGGAUUAGCUAAGGGCUAAGGUUCAAAUUGCAGGACAUUUUGUUAACCUGCACACCAGCAAAUACUCCAUUUGAUACUAAAAUGUUAAUCAGCUGGGCUUUAAAUUUUCUUUAGGAGCCAGAAGAAGUUGUUCUUGGGGAAGAGGUUCAGUUCUACUCAUUUAAUGGGCGGAGACGAUUUAAAGUCAAGAGGCACACUUUUCAAUAUAUUUCUGUAAUCAGUAUGCUUCAAGUGUUGCUGAAUCAAUAUGAUGUAUUCACUGAGGUAAAGUUUUGAACACAUUUGUUUAUAAUAUUUUUGAGAUUCAGUUUUGUUAAUGAACUAGGGCAACCUAUGACUUUCUUUUUGAUCAUGAGAAGUAGGGCUCAGUCAUCUUACUUUUUGAGGCAUCAAGUUUGUUGUCUAUAUUUAUGCAGUUAAUUUUUUUUCAGAUUGAACAUGGUCACAGCAUGCCAGAAGGGAAAAUAAGAGAUUUCUGUGAUGGAAGCUUUUUCAACAACCACCCCUUAUUUUCUGCUAACUCCAAAGCCCUUCAGAUAAUGACAUAUUUUGAUGAAUUUGAAGUGUGUGAUCCUCUUGGCUCUAAAGCAUCUAAACACAAAAUGGGUUUGUACACUACUAAACCUUAUUUUUAUUACUCUUUUGUAUGUUUUAUAAGGGAUAAAAAAAACUGGAAGUGUGUAUUAGUGAGUCCUAAUCUGUUUUUGUUAGAGUCCCCUUUAUAUUAAUUCCAGGACAAAUACAGUUUCAUAUAUGCAUGUGUCUAGAUGAUGUAGGCAUUGCCUCUCUUUCUAUUUUGUUUUUGUUUUACUGGUAAAAAUGAAGCUUAUACUGCAACUUUGAAAUCAGUUCAGAUUUGACUCCUGCCCUAUGUUCCACUGGUCACUGAAGGAAAUAUGAUAAUGAUCAAGAUUAAUUUGUCAAUGUCUCCAUGAGCUGAAGUUGCGUAUCUUUAGUAUUUAAAGAAGGGUGCUAAUUAUGGAAUAUAUUUUUUCAUUCAUUUGAAUAAUAGCUGCAUUUUAUUGGAUGCUUGGCAAUCUCCACCCUAAGUACCGCUCAGUUUUGAGAUCAAUGCAGUUAGUGGCUACUUGUCCCUCACGAUACCUUAAUCGAUAUGGAUUUGAUAAAGUUUUGCAUCGAUUCAUGGUAGAGAUCAACAUGCUUGAGUCUGUAAGUAUUUUUAAUGUGCAUUGAUCAUCUGAGCGAUACAGCCACAUCAGUCUUACUUCUGAUAAUUAUCUGAACUUUCUAUCUAUGGUCAAACUCAAGUUCCAAAAAUAUUUAUAUUUUCAAAGAAGGUCAGGAAUGAGGUUCAGAGAUCACUAAUUUAAAGUAAGAGAGAAGUGACAGGGGUUUGAUCUGCCUUGCAUAAGGAUCUAAUUUUUCACUGUAAGGGUUGAUUUCCAGUGUCGCGUAAUUCUUACGCAUGUAUACAAGCAUAAAAUUUACGUUCGCAAAUAAAAUAGGGGCAAUACAUGAAAGGUCGCCCGUAACCAUAAAAGUUGAACCUUGCUCAACUUCUUGUCUAAGCUCAGCACUUUUUAUCUUGCCUCUGUUUUAUUUACGUGAUUAAAAUUUACAUGCAUAGCAGGUGUGCGUAGCCAAAAACGCGUCAGUGGAAAUCAACCUUAAAACUGCACCCAUUCUUUUACCAUCUAUUUAAUUCAAAUAAAAGUUGUUAAAAGACUAUUAAAAUUACAUUAAAACUGCAUAACCUUGUUGAAAGGAAUAUCUUGGUGAAACUGUAUAGUUAUUUCAGUAGCAUUAGAAUCAAACUUACUAACUGUCAUAAAGGAGAAGUUACCUAAAUUGCCUUGUCAUACAUAUAGUUACCCUUACCUUUUUAAUUAAAUACAGGUUUAAUAAUGAAGUUGCCAUUUUUGGGUUAGGUCUUUGAAUGUCGCUUUAUUUUCAGGAUGCUGGAAUUCCUUUUGAAGUCAAUGGUGUGGCUAUGCACUUCAGUGGUACAAUAGGACUGUGCCUGGCAGACAAUCUUGGUAGUCAUUCUUGGGGAGGUUUUAUGGAAAGUUUCAGUGCGUAUAGAAAAUGCAGGUUUUGCAUGGGAACUCCAGAGGAUAUACAACAAAAGGUACAAAUUAUAACUUGUAAUAGUUCAUGUCUUUAAUUGAACGCAUGGAUCUUUAUCUCAAAUUAUUUGUAGAAUCUGCAAUGGUGUCUUACUUAUUUUGUAGUUUACUGAGGAGGAAUUUGUACUAAGAAGCCGAAUUGGACAUGACCAUCAUCUGGACCAAAUUGAGGCAGAUCCUUCCUGUACAUCAGUUUAUGGAGUAAAAAGAAAGUCACCAUUAAAUAAAAGUAAAUAUUUUCACGUUGUGGAUGGACUUCCUUCUGACAUCAUGCAUGACCUGUUGGAGGGUGUAAUACCACGGCACUUGAAGUUACUUCUCGGGUUCUUCAUUAUGGAGAGUAAUUUUUUCACUCUUGAAAUGCUGAAUGAGAAGAUUAAGACAUUUGAUUAUGGCAUUGUAGAAACAUCCAACAGACCUUCAACUAUAACAAACUUAACUUUAAGUUCAAAUGAUGACAACCUCAAACAAUCAGGUCAGUGAACACCAGUCUACUGUAUGGUUAAAUAAUAUGAUUAUUUAACCAUCAUUGAAGACAACAGGAAUUAAUUAGUAAAUAAUGCAUUGAGGCUUCCAGUACCUGGUAGUCUUUCACUGUGAAGUCUAGCUCUUCAAUAGCUAUAGGCAUUCUUCGAUUGGUUUAUUAAAUCUGUUGUUGGAAAAGUUGGUAAUUUUUGAUAUUAUUUUAUUAUCAGUUUUGAUUUACAUUGACAGUGGUUAACCUCAGUAUAACAAACCUCUGUAACAUAAUGAAAUGUCAUAUAUAUAGCAAACAUAUUUGGCCAGUCCCUUGACCCUUAACAUUUCCUUAAAUGCUGAAGACUCUUUUAUUUUGCUUGGUUUUAUAUAGCUGCUCAAAUGUGGUGCUUAGCACGCUACUUUCCUCUGAUGAUAACUGAAUGGAUUCCUCCAGAUAAUGACCAUUUAAUCCUUUUUUGCGAUUUGCUUCGAAUUGUGGAUCUAUGCUGUGCCCCUGUAACAAGUGCCACCGCUGCAGCAUAUUUAAGAAUUCUUAUCAAAGAUUAUUUGCAAGAAAUGCUGUUGCUAUAUCCAAGCAAAAAUAUAUCACCUAAGCAGCACUUUUUGGUCCACUAUCCUAGACAGCUUGUUCAGUGAGUACCACAUAAUGAUUUACAUUAUUGCAAUUUUCUUUUUUCCUUUACUAUAUUGAAAUUGUUCACUCAAUAUAGGUGUUGUGAUAAAACAAUUUAAUCUUGUCCGUAAGCUGCCAUGAACAUAAUCCCUAGCUUCUUUUGUGGAAAGGAAAAGAAACAGAAAUGAAUGAACUUCUUAGCUGUUAAAUUCCCCCUCCAGGAUUCCAUGUGUCCCUGUUAGUGAAUCCCUGUUGUUUGUGUGCAUAUUAGCAUAAUUUGUGAAAAAAAAGGUGAAUUCCCUUAAGCACAACUUACAACUCAAUAUUAAAAAAAGUCUUUUACAAAAUACCUGGAUUGGGCUUUUACAUAUAGUAUAGAUAUCGUCAACUUCAAAGUUUUGUAUUGGUUGGAUUGGUAAUAACUAUUCUCUCACAUAAUAUAAAAUGUUCAUUUUACAACUUUUAUUACAGAGUUGGUCCUCUUAUCAGACUGUGGUGUAUGCGAUUUGAGGCUAAAAACCACUAUUUCAAGAAGCUGGCAAGGAGCUCAAAGGGUUUCCAGAAUUUGUGUAAAACACUGGCCAUCCACCAUCAAAGGCUACAGUCUUAUUGGCUUUCUGUUGAAGGAGGAUAUCUACGUUCAGCUCAGGAAAAUGGACCAGGUUUGUUCACCUAGCACCUGACACAUGAAUUCACUCACUGCAUAUUUUGAACGUUUUCUUUUUCUGUUAAACCUGAUUGGCAAAUUUUUGUAUAAUUUAUUGCUGGUUAUAGUACUUAAACUUUAGAAGAACGGAAAGUAAAUAUCCUUUUAAAUGUUUUAUGUCUGAAAAGGAAUUUGAGUAUGAACACUUCUUCAAAAAAGUGAUGGUGUUGGUAGCUUUAAUGGUGUUUGUAUGUGUAUGAGUGUAUGUGUGGAGGGUUGUGGGGUGGUAAGGGGUGUACAAGCCUUCUCAUCCAGAAUAACCUGUAAAAACGGUGGGGUAGGGUACCUUUUUUUCUCUUUUCUACAUUUUGCAGUUCUUUUCACCCACUCAAUGCCAUGUACAAGCUAACUGUAGGUCCCCACUCAGGUGGAUUUGUCAUACAAAAAAGGGUCAAUGGAAUGGAGGCUUGCAUUAACUUAUUUACUGAGUUUAUGUUCCCCAUUUUACAUUGCAUCAUUUUAAGGGAGAAGCAUUGCUGUUAAUGAAAUGACAAGAGUGCGUCAGAAUGCUCUGUAUGGCCACUUCCCUUAUAUCUUACCAGAUACUAUACUCUACAGGUACAUGAAUGGGUAAAAGUAUUAUUAUUCUGAUGAAUAAAUGAAAAAUAAGAAAGUGUCUCAUUCAUAUUAUUAUUUUGUACAUUCCUGACUGUUUCAUUUGUAUCCCAUGCAUUUAAGCUUUUUUAAAAUAUGAGACGUCUGCACGUAUCGGUAAUUUUAUAAUGGAAACUUAAUAAUGUUGACUAUUAUUUAAUUGCCUCCUUAAUUCAUAAUAUUGCAUUUACAUUCAACCAGGUAAUAUCUGUAAACUAAAAUACUUUUCUUUACAUUUUGCAGGCCAAAUUGGGUUCAGUGCUUUGGGACAAAGUACCAGGCAAGGCAAAUUCUUGUGAUUGGGCAUGAUGGCCUCCUGCCUCAGUUUCUUCAAAUUGCUGAAAUUCUAAUUUUACCAAAUGGAAGUAUAGUUUUUGUUGGAAACAAGUUAGGCACAGUCAGGCACAUUGAACAUCUUUGUUCGUAUGAGAUUUUAGUACGUAACGAAGAGCUGAUAAGUAGCUAUGAAGCCCUUAUUGAUCACCACCCUUUAUUACUCCACAGAGUUAAGGUUGGAGGUAUUGAGACACUUGUUGUGAGGAUGAGAUAUGACCUGGCAGAUGCUGUAUAA